AUAUUACCAGAACCCUAAUUUUAUGCGGUCUAUUAGAAAAAUUAAAAAAACUCUUUUAUUAUACAUAUACAAAUCAAAUGGCGUAUUGAAAUAUAUCCAAGUGAAGAAGAAGAUGAGCUGCUCUUAUCUAUUUACUGGAGACGCUUCCGUCGCCUCGCGACGGUGGAAUGAUGUUUCUUUCCGGCAGCGUGUAUUUCUCCCACGGCAAUCACUCCGGCAACCGCUUCCGUCGCUUUCCCAGUUCCCUCCAUUAGUUGCCACUGCUAAUGACAACUUUACUAAUCAAUCGCUAUCGCUCGGGAUGUUUGCCGGAGACAUGGGCGGCAACAAUGAUAAUGGAAAUGGCUCCGGCGGAGACGACGGUUGGUGGUUUAACGGUGGCGAUAAUUCUGAUGACCCUUCUCACCGUUUUAGAUUUAUCUGCUUGCUGUUCUUGGUCUUGUCCUGCUUCUUCCAGUCACAAUUAUCAGCAGCCGCUUUCGCCAAAGCUCCCGAGUCGGAAAGUAGCGGAGAUACAGAGAAAGACACGGCUUUUUGGGAAGUGAGAGGAAGCAAAAGGAAGCGACUUGUCCCUGAUUACUUCAAAGAUGAGUUCGUCUCUCAAGAAUCUUCCUUCGAGUUAUCAUCUUCUCUCACUCCUCAGAAUCUCCUUGCCCAAUGUAGAAACCUUCUGAUUCAGUUCCUCCUCCCCGAAGGUUACCCUAACAGCGUCACCUCCGACUACCUUGACUACUCUCUCUGGAGAGGCGUUCAAGGAAUCGCUAGCCAAAUCAGCGCCGUUCUCGCCACUCAGUCUUUGCUUUAUGCAGUUGGGUUGGGUAAAGGAGCGAUCCCUACUGCUGCAGCGAUCAAUUGGGUGCUUAAAGAUGGAAUUGGGUAUCUCAGUAAGAUUAUGUUAUCCAAAUACGGACGCCAUUUCGAUGUUCAUCCCAAAGGAUGGAGACUCUUUGCUGAUCUUCUUGAAAACGCUGCUUUUGGUAUGGAAAUGCUUACACCGCUCUUCCCUCAGUUCUUUGUCAUGAUUGGUGCUGCCGCCGGUGCUGGCCGCUCUGCUGCUGCAUUGAUCCAGGCUGCUACUAAAAGUUGCUUUAAUGCUGGCUUUGCUUCUCAAAGGAACUUUGCUGAGGUAAUUGCCAAAGGUGAAGCUCAAGGAAUGGUGAGCAAGUCAAUGGGUAUCCUGCUUGGAAUUGUUGUUGCCAAUAGCAUUGGAACCUCAACAAGUCUUGCACUUGCUGCAUUUUGUGUUGUGACAUCGAUCCAUAUGUAUACCAAUUUCAAAUCUUACCAGUGCAUCCAACUCCGGACUCUAAACCCAUAUCGUGCAAGUUUGGUUUUUAGUGAAUAUCUCAUCAGUGGCCAAGCUCCUCUAGUCAAGGAGGUCAACUACGAAGAACCAGUCUUCCCAGCUGUUCGGUUUAUAAACUUAAAAUCUCCUAAAAAGCUGCAAGAUUUCGUCUUAUCAUCAGAAGCAAAAACAGCAGCAGCAGACAUAGAGGAACGGCUUCAACUAGGUUCGAAGCUCAGCGAGGUUAUCCACAACAAGGAAGAAGCAAUAGCACUCUUUAAUCUGUAUCGCGAUGAAGGCUACAUCCUUACAGAACACAGAGGCAGAUUCUGCGUGAUGCUCAAGGAAAGCUCGUCGCCACAAGACAUGCUCAGGUCGUUGUUUCAAGUGAACUACCUCUACUGGCUAGAGAAGAACGCUGGAAUCGAAGCCACAAACACUUACUCAGACUGCAAACCGGGUGGUCGGCUUCACAUUUCUUUAGAUUAUGUGCGAAGAGAGUUCGAACUCGCCAAAGAAGACAGUGAAUCAGUGGGUUGGGUCACCGAAGGACUGAUAGCUAGACCUCUACCGACCAGAAUCCGUCUAGGUUAUGAUAGUGAACCCUCAUCUUCUUCUCCUUCCAGUUCAUAAACUCAGAAGAAAACUAGGGCCAAUGGACUGUGUAGUAGAUUCUGUUUCCCAUUCGGUAUAGAAUAGAUACAUUGUCUCUUUUUGGAGCUUUACAUCUCUGUCACAUCAGAUCAAGCUUUUACACAAUCUGUU